UCAAUUUGUCAGUUUCUGUCCGACCUCUGAUGACUGAUGAUCCGUCACCCCCGACUUGGAAGCUCGGUGGGCCGUUUUCGUCUCGCGAGUUUGUUUAUCGCAUGAUGUACCGUCGCCGGCGGACAUAAGCCCCUUCCGGAUGGGGCGGUAGCGAGGAAUACGUCUAAUACAAUUUCCCCGAUUUUAUUAUGUUUAGUUUUUCUAUUUAAAACGGAUAUCGUGUAGCAUGAACCCAUAUCCGACCAAUCAGGGCGAUAUCGUACAUCUGAACGUCGGUGGAACUCGCUUUUCCACCUCGAUGCAGACCCUCCUCUGCAUACCGGACACCUUCUUCACCGCCCUGCUCAGUGGACGUAUUUCCAGCUUGAAGGACGAAAAGGGGGCCACCUUCAUCGAUAGAGACCCUAAAUUGUUUUCGACUAUUUUAAACUAUUUGAGGACGAAAGAAGUCGACCUUUCCAAUUGUGAUAUUUGCUUUUUAAGACACGAAGCCGAAUAUUAUGGCAUUACACCUCUUGUUAAAAGGUUGGCCCUCUGUGAAGAUCUGUAUCAGUCUUCCUGCGGGGAUGUCCUCUUCUAUGGCCUCUUUCAACCUCCUAGUGCUCCAGUUCCAGAGCCAAAAACAAAUAGUACAACUCCAAAUACAAGCACAACAGCUACUGCUACUACUGCAGCCGCUGCUGCUACUACUACCACUACUAACACAACUGCAGCAACAGUCACAACUACUUCUGCUUCAAAGGAGGCAUCUGGUACAAAUGCCCCUAGACAAGCAGAGACUAGUAUGAGCAGCAGUGGGAACAAUUCUGGGGGGAUGUUCAACAUUAAUAGUCCUCAUACAUACAGAGCUCAUUCUAGAAAUUCAUCAUGGGAUAUGAAAAUUGGUUCAAGGAGUAGUUCAGAUCUAAGAACUAUACCGAGACCAGGACAUUCAAGGACUGCUUCUCUCGAUCUCAGACAUGGCACUGACAUAUCGAAGGCUUUCAAUAAUGAUCUAGCUAUGAUUUUUGGAAAUAAUAUGGUUACUAACUGGAUGGAUCCUUUGAGAGUGCAAAUCAUCAAAGCUCACCAUCAUUGGAUCGUCGUUGCAUAUGCUCAUUUUAUCGUCUGUUUCAGUUUAAGAGAUUCGACUGGAUGGCAACACAUGUUUACAUCUCCUCAUAUUGAAAGCUGUAUAGAACGUGUUGCAGUGAAUAGCAAAUGGUUGUUGAUUCGAGGCGGUAUAUUUUCACCAUCUAAAAUGGUUGCAAUCUCAUAUGCUGGGACGGUAAGACUUUGGAGUAUAAAAGAACAAGGAUCUCUUAUCAACGUAGGUAAGCAUAAAAAAAGGACGUUCAAUUUAGGAGUUAGAGUAGAGUAUUUAUUUUUUACUGAAAGUCAAUUAGUGGCAUUGUCAUCUACUGGAAAGAUUGGCAUUUGGCAUUCUAUGACUCAGCACUGGCAAAUCCAAGAUGUGAUGCCAAUUUCUUCUUUUGACACAGCAGGAUCCUUUUUACUAUUAGGAUGCAAUAAUGGUUCCAUUUAUUAUAUAGACAUGCAGAAAUUUCCUCUCCGAAUGAAAGAUAAUGAUCUUUUAGUAACAGAACUGUACAGGGACCCAUCUCACGACCCUAUAACAGCAAUCUCAGUUUAUCUGACACCAAAAACAAGCCUUUGUGGGAACUGGGUCGAAAUUGCAUAUGGGACAAGUUCUGGUAUUGUGAGAGUCAUUGUACAACACCCAGAAACAGUAGGUCAUUCUCCCCAACUGUUUCAAACUUUUACUGUACAUCAGAGCCCUGUGACAAAGGUAACUCUCUCUGAAAAAUUCCUUGUCUCGGUAUGCUCUGAGUACAACCAUGUUCGUACUUGGAGUGUUACAAGGUUUAGAGGUAUGCUGUCAACUCAACCGGGAUCGACACCUGUAGCUUCUUUUAAGAUUUUAUCCCUUGAAGAAAUCGAACCCAAUAUGGGAUACACAGUUGGAAAUGAUUUUGGUCCAUUUGGAGAACAAGAUGAUGAGCAGGUGUUUGUACAAAAAGUCGUUCCAGAAACGUCAGAGUUAUUUAUUAGAUUGGCUUCAAAUGGCAAAAGAGUGUGUGUGAUUCGGGCUGUGGAUGGAACAACAAUAACUUCCUUCUGUGUACAUGAAUGUGAGGGUUCCAGUCGUAUGGGAUCUAGGCCAAGAAGAUUUUUAUUUACUGGACAUAGUAACGGAACUUUACAAAUGUGGGAUUUAACGACUGCUCUUGAAUUGUCCAAGAAAGGAGCACCAGCAAUGCAGACAAAUGGUGGGCCAACGGCGAAAGAACUCCUCCGAAUUUUAGAUCAAUGUGAUUUGAGCAACAGCCACUGUUCGACGCCCUGUAUUUCACCGUCCCCAUCCCUCAUCGGUGGUCCGUCUAGGAUAAAAGCUUCAAAUGUUGCAUUUUUAAAUCAAAUGGAAACAUUUCAAAAUCAAUAACUUAAAAACUGUGAGAUUCAAAUGAAGCAUUAUCUUGUAUAAUAUUAUCGUAUUUUUUUCAUUUACAUUAUUUUUUUAUACUAAAAGAUGUAUUGAUUACAUUUUUAUUUAUAUACACAUAUAUAUUUAUAUUUACUCAAUUCUUGCCAAAAAAAAAAUACUGUAAUCAUAAAGUGACUAUAAACAAUACUUCUAUGUGAAUCAUCUCAUCGAGAAAACAAUUAUAAAGAUGUUAUUAA